UCGCGAAACGGGUUUAGUCUGCAUUAAACUCUGCAACUAUUCAUUUUUUGGUUUUCAGCUCAUUUUCAUUUGGGAAACGUUGGCUGGAAAACUUGCCAAAUGAGUAAUAUAUAUGACAACAUUGAUGGACAAGAGGAGCUGGAUUUUUCAUUACUUUUUCCAUACAACCAACCCGGCAAUGACUUACCUCCAGAUGACCCAGCGGAGGAAUAUGGUGUUUCCUCGAACCAGGAUAUCAAUCGGACGUCCCCCUGUUUUAAUCAAGACCUAUACGGCGAAGAGUCCCUCACCGAAUUCUCUCACCAUCUUGCCUCUGAUGACCUUCUUACCUACGAGCAGACUGAUCUCAGACAAUCAUUUGGGUACUCCCCAUCGCUUGCUGCCCAUCCUGCUGCUCACCAAAGCAACAGCCCAAGAAUUGAGAUCACUUGUUCUGAUCUGCACCAUCAUCGUGACCAUGUCCACACCACCCCUCUGGACAUAAAAUGCCCCAUGUUGACCGUGCCCAGGUACGAUAUGCCCUACAGAGAGAGCCAAUGCCUGAGUCCAGCUAGUAGUACCUCCUCCACUAGUUGGCACUCAGAUGGAUAUUCCCCUUGCAUCUCUCCUUGCGGUGGUGGAAGUUUGGUUGGAGUAACAGAAGCGGACCUUUGCCCGAGGCUCCAGGCCAUCCAAGCAUCUGGUUCCCCUAACACGUCCCCUCGCACCAGCAUUACCGAAGAGACCUUCUUGGACCGGCGAUCUUCUUCACCACGUCCAGGUUCCAGGUCGGCUUCUCCACAGGGCAAACGCACCUACGAUCAGUACCAGACCCAAAGAUCUCAAAGUCCACGUUUUGGGCCAGAUGAGCCUCUGGAGUUUUGUGGGCAUCUGGCAAACUUGGAAGAUUCUUUGAGCAACCUCAGUAGCAACCUGACAAAACCGAUUCCCACCAAGAUUGUCCGACCCAAUCUAGAUUAUACGAUCUACACGGAUAACCAAGCAGGUCUGUUCUCAGCCAUGCCGGAAGUGAAGAAAGAAUUCACAAUGCAAACUUGCUAUUUCAUGCCAGCCGGCUGGUCCAGUCAGACACUCGCAGGGGUUUGUAGUGUACCUGUAGCUGCCCUGCCUGCGCUGGACUGGCCUCUUCCCAGCAGUUCUGAUCAGUACGAGCUCAGAAUUGAGGUUCAGCCCAGGCCACACCACCGAGCCCAUUAUGAGACAGAGGGCAGUCGAGGGGCCGUCAAAGCAUCUUCUGGAGGCCACCCGGUCGUUCAGUUACAAGGUUACACUGGGACAGAGCCGCUAGCUCUGCAGAUCUUCAUCGGUACGUCUGAUGACAGGAACCUCAGACAGCACGCGUUCUACCAAGUCCACCGCAUCACUGGCAAGACAGUCACCACAAGCAGUCAAGAACGAAUACUGAACGGAACCAAAGUUUUAGAGGUGCCCCUGGAACCCAAGGAGAACAUGCGAGCAGUACUUGACUGUGCUGGUAUCCUAAAGCUGAGGAAUGCUGACAUCGAAUUGAAGAAAGGAGAGACAGACGUUGGACGGAAAAACACUCGAGUCAGACUGGUCUUCCGCGUCCAUGUGCCUCAACCUGGCGGCCAGUGGCUCUCUCUUCAAGUGGCCUCGCAGACUAUUGAGUGCUCUCAGAGGUCGGCCCACGAGCAGCCCACCGUAGAACGUCAGGACGUGGACCACUGCUUGGUUCUGGGUGGACAACAGAUGGUCCUUAGGGGCCAGAACUUCACUCCUGAGUCCAGGGUUAUCUUCUUUGAGAAGACACAUGUUGACUUACAAAUCUGGGAGACUGAAGCAAAAGUUUACAGAGACAAAAGCACGGCUAACUUGCUGUUUUUGGAGAUUCCUCCAUAUCGGGACCUCAACAUCUAUCAUCCGGUCAAAGUCAACUUUCACGUGCUGAAUGGCAAGAAGAAACACAGCCAGCCUCAACACUUCACCUACACACCUCUCUCAGUGCCACAGAUUAAGGCAGAGCCUGUCGAAGAAAAUCAGUAUACACAGUUAGGGUGUACUGCACGCCCCAUCAUGAGGGUGUCUCCACCACCUCAGCAUCUUACGGAUGGAUGCAUCAUGCCAAGCAGACCCCUGUGCCAGCGAUCUCACCCUGGCAUGUACCCUACUGGCACACAGUACCACCUUCAACAACCACCAAUCCACUACCAGCUCAAUCAUGCAUUGCCAGGAGGCCACGCAAGCUCUACAGGUCAUACGUCAUGGAUGGCGACAACACAUACUGCAACGUCGCAGUCUCCGUUUGGAUCCAGCACUUACCAGCACACCAUCGCUGGUGACGCAAUCCAAGCAGCUGCUUCGUUGUUUCCAACUGUUGAUAUUUCAGAGCUGUGCUCUGCUGUGAGCCAUCAGAAGGCGUACGGCUCAAGGGCUUCCCCAACCACAGGGAGGUCUCCACCAGUCCACAGCUAUCAGACAUACCUGCCCAUACAGCAUCAGAGAACCAGCAGUCCUGUGAGAGUCACCAUCAAACAGGAGAACCUGGAUCAGGCAUAUCUUGAUGAUGUGAAUGCCGUUAUAAGGAAGGACCUUGUUCCUAAAAAUGACGCUGAUGCCCACUGCUGAAAAAAGCUACAUCCUGCCUGAAGAUAAAGCAUCAGUCUAUGAUGAAGAACUUUUUUUUUUUUUGGUCUUGAUAUCUAUUACAAAUGCUUGUUUUUCCAUAUCUUUGAUUUGUACACAGGAAAGUAAGGAUUUCACUUUAUCUUGUUUAUAUAUAGACUAUAUUUCUCAGUUCAGUGUUUUAUCAAAAUACUAUAUGGGUCAUAUUUAUCAA